AUGGUGCUCACCAACAGGAAGCGCUCCCGACUCAUCUGCAUGUGCACGCUCACGUCCACUGCGUUUGGCCUCUACACCAUCAUCGUGCAGGAGUUGUCACUGCCGCCACCUUCUCGCUACUCCCCGCCGUCAGGCUUCGAGAUCAGCGACGUCGAGAUGUCGACCUCGACCUCCCGGCGUUUCAACUGCGCCGCCAUCGUCGAGGGCGACGAGGUGGCCGUCGCCGCUGCGGCCGAGCUCGUGGCCAAGACGGCGAAGGGUCGCGGCCACCAUGGACUUGGCGAGGCGGAGCUGCUCGCGAUGACGCGUGACUGUGACGCGUUCAGGCGCGCGCGCAGGUACGUGACGGUGCCACUGAGCCGCGAGGAGGAGACCUUCCCAAUCGCCUACUCCGUGGUCGCCCACCACCGCGUGGACAUGCUGGAGAGGCUGCUGCGUGCCGUCUACGCGCCGCAGAACCUCUACUGCCUCCACGUGGACGCCAAGUCACCCCGCGCCUACCUGGAGGCGGCGCGUGCCCUCGCCGCAUGCUUCCCCAACGUGUUCGUGGCGGCUCACCUGGAGAGAGUCGUCUACGCCUCGUGGUCGCGAGUGCAGGCCGACCUCAACUGCAUGAGCGAGCUGGUGGCCAUGGCGGACCGUGUUCCAUGGAGGUACUUCAUCAACCUGUGCGGCCGCGACUUCCCCAUCAAGACGAACCUGGAAAUGGUGCGGGCGCUGCGCACCCUCAAUGGCCGCAACAGUCUGGAGACGGUGCACAUGCCCAGGGGCAAGAGGGUGCGCUGGAUCCUCAGCUACGAAGUGGCGGGCAACAAGAUCCGCUCGACGGGCCUAACCAAGCGCCCGCCGCCCAUCCCCACACCCAUGUUCGCGGGCAGCGCAUACGUGGUGGUGACGCGCGCCUUCGUGGAGCACGUGCUGAGUGACCCGGCAGCGCGGGCAUUCAUCGAGUGGGCAAGGGAUACCUACAGCCCCGACGAGCACCUGUGGGCGACCCUCCAGCGGAUGCCCGGUGUGCCCGGCUCAACGCCCGCGCACCGGAUACAUGACGUAACGGACGCGGCGGCGCUGGCGCGCCUAGUCAAGUGGUCCGCCUUCGAAGGUGAUGUGAGCGGUGGCGAGGCGGCCUAUCCGCCCUGCCGAGGAACCCAUGUCAGGGACGUCUGCGUGUAUGGCGCUGGCGACCUGGCGUGGGUGCUGCUCCAGCACCAUCUCUUCGCCAACAAGGUGGACACGGCCGUUGACCCCGUGGCGGUGCACUGCCUGGAGCACCACCUACGGAAAAAGGCGCUGGCGGAGGCAGCGCUCAUCAUAGGAAUCUAGAAUGGGAGGGGGAGGAAGGUUGAUGGCCGACACAUAUAGUUAUUUAUAAAAAAAAAUGGAGGACCCGGAGAACCAUACAUAAUAGGCGUCUUGAAUAAAAACUGGUAUUUUCUUAAAUAUUCAAUAGGGUUUAUAUUCACCAAUUCCAUGUCUUUUAAAACAAAAUGAUGUAUGAAUUAAACAAACAAUGAGUAAGUAAGAUUCAGGGUAUCUUCAAAAGCAAGUGAACCCCUGAUGGCAUUAGCUCAAUUAAGGCAAGAAUUCGAAUCAGGUGUUUAAAUAAUUAGGUAGAUAUUCAGGGAUGAGUUUGGGAGGCCCCACCCUAUAUAAAGAUCAGAAACUUUGUCAGUUUGGUCUUCACCACAGAGGUGUGAUCACAUGACAUCUUUGAGGACCUCAGAAAAAGAGUUAUUGAUGAUCAUCAGUCCGGAAAUGGUUACAAAACCAUUUUGAAAGAUUUGGGGCUCCACCAAUCCACUGUUAGACAGAUAGUCUACAAAUGGAGAAAGUUCAAGACCACAGUGACUCUACCCAAAAUCUCUCCAAUAACAAACCAGAAAAUCAUCAAAGAAGUCACAAAUAACCUCAGAAAAACAUCCAAGGAUCUGCAAGCCAGUCUCGCCUUGGCUAACGUGACUGUUCAUGACUCAACUAUCAGAAACAGACUGAACAAGAAUGGUGUUCAUGGAAGGAUAGAAAGGAGAAAGCCACUACUCUCCAAAAAUAACAUUGCUGCCCGUCUGAAGUUCAGCAAAGAGCACAUAGAUGAUCUACACGACUUCUGGAACAAUGUUCUCUGGACAGAAGAGUUAAAGGUAGAACAUUAUGGAUUAAAUGACAAACGUUAUGUUUGGCAAAAACGAAACAACACUUUUGAACAGAAGAACCUCAUCAAGCAUCGUGGUGGGGAUAUGAUGGUUUGGGGAUGAUUUGCUGCCUCAAGACCUGGACAGCUUUCCAUCAUUGACACAACCAUAAACUCUGCAUUGUAUUAGAAGGUUCUGGAGGAGGAUGUCAGGCCAUCCGUCCACUAAAGCUGAACCUGAACCAAAAGUGGGUCUUUCAGCAAGACAAUGAUCCUAAACAUACAAGCAAAUAUACAAAAUAAUGGCUGCAAAAGAUGAAGUUCCACGUUUUACAAUGGCCUAGUCAAAGUCUGGACCUAAACCCCAUCGAAGUGUUGUGGCAGGACCUGAAGCGAGCUGUCCAUGCAGGGCAAUCCUCAAAUGUCACCAAGUUGAAGGAGUUCUAUAAAGAGGAAUGGGCCAAUAUUCCUCAAAUCCAA